AUGCAACACCUUCAAGACCUCGAAUCUCGCCUCGACCAACUCAUCUCCGAGAACCGAUUGCUCAUUUCCGCUCGAGAUGAGGCUGAGGACAAGCUGCGCAAUGCGACCGUCGCUCGGCGGAAGAGCGACCGGGCCCUCAACACCAGUGGUGCCGACCUGAGAGAUCGAGAAGCUGAGGUGGAACAACUCAAAAGCUCGGUGGAGUGGCUUCAGCAGGAGAUGAGCCGUCUGACCCAGGAGAACGAAGGGUUGACCGCAUCCAAUGCUGCUCUCGCCGCUGCCCACGCCGCCGAGGUCCACACGGUGCGCGAGUCGUCCACGCGCGAGCUCGAUGAUUUGCGGUCGCAACACACAGCACUGUCCACCCAGAUUGAUGACCGUGUCCGACAGGAGAUUGAAUCCGCCCUGGCUCAGAAAGAUACCGAGUUGCGCCGUCUUCGUGCCGAACUCGAGGAGGCCCGCGACAAGGUGAAGGAGCUACAACAGCAGAUCGCAGCGUCAGUCAACGAUAAUACUCUUGUCUUCCGGGAUGAAGAUUACUUCGACGCCGCGUGCCAAAAGCUUUGUGGCCACGUUCAACAAUGGGUGCUGCGUUUCUCCAAGCACUCUGACCACCGUCGUUGCCGCCCUCUAAGUGAGCUACAUGACGAGAAAAUCGCCGACCGUUUUGACAAUGCUCUUCUCGAUGGCUCCGACGCGGAUGCCUACCUUUCCGACCGUGUUCUUCGUCGCAAUGUGUUCAUGUCAGUGGUCAUGACCAUGGUCUGGGAAUAUAUCUUCACCCGCUAUCUGUUUGGCAUGGACCGGGAACAGCGUCAGAAACUCAAAUCUCUAGAAAAACAACUGGGAGAAGUUGGUCCUCGGCGCGCAGUCCACCGCUGGCGUGCCACCACUUUGACCCUACUAUCGCGACGCCCGGCCUUUGCUGCCCAGCGUCAGAGCGACACUGAAGCGGUUGCACUGGAAAUCUUCGGCACGCUAUCGCGUGUGCUCCCACCCCCGUCACAGGUGGAGGCACAGCUGCUUGAGUCCCUCCGCAAAGUUCUCCGUGUUGCAGUUAACCUCUCGUUAGAGAUGCGUACUCAGCUGGCCGAGUUUAUCAUGCUUCCUCCUCUCCAACCCGAGUAUGAUACCAACGGCGACCUGGCCCGCCAAGUGUUCUUCAACGCAUCGCUCAUGAAUGAACGGAGCGGCGAGACGACGUCCAAUGAUGAGCUUGAAUCCCAGCAGGCCAUCGUUCGCAUCGUGCUCUUCCCUCUCGUCGUCAAGAAGGGCAAUGAUGUUGGCGAAGGCGACGAUGAAGUGGUGGUUUGCCCGGCCCAGGUCCUCGUCGCCCGUCAAGACAAACGUGUUUCUCGAAUGAUGAGUGGUGACCGCAUGUCCUUGGAUGCUACUCGCUCGGUCCAUAGUGUGGCUCCCAGCGUGGCUCCUCCCUCGGUGAUGGACAUGAGCAAUGUGAUUUGA